AUGGAUUUACCUACCAUUGAUGUGGACCUUGGACCUAAAAAGAUUGAAGAUGAAAAAGAAUCAGGCCCUUUGUUUCACUGUGAUCUUUGUGAUACAGAAGUUGUUCACAAAUUAGCUCAAAUGUUCCUUCCAGGAUUAGCUUCUGCUUGUGUUGAUAACACAACUGGAGGUCUCUUCAAAACUCCUGGAUCAGUUACCGUUGAUUUGAGAAAGGAAAUGAUUCAAUAUCUUACCCUAAGAAGUCAAUCCUUUGUUGCCGAGUCUCUUAUCUUGCAAGAUGGACCCGACGAUGAAGUUUCCGAUCAUCCUUUCGAUAUUAUUUCCAAUUUCGUCGACGAUUUUGCCAGUUCCAAGAGGAAUUUCUUUAGCCGUGUUUCCGCGUGGCUUUUGAGUGACAAGAGAGAGGAUAAAAUCGAUGAUUUUAUUCAGGAGAUUGAUAUGAAUGGUUUUUGGACACUUGAUAGGAGACAACUCAUUGCCGAAACUUUGCUUAAGAAUGUUGAUUUUAACAACUUGUAUCAUUGCACCGACACUUUUAAUUCUUCGCAAGAGCUUAGCAAUCAUCUUCUUGCUUGCGAUUUUAGACCUCUCAUUUGUCAGAAUCAGGGAUGCAAUGCUAGGUUUUGUGCAGGUCUUUUCAAGAAGCAUGAUUCUGUCUGUCCUUUCAAGGUUAUUCCGUGUGAGCAGAGGUGUUCAAGUAGUAUUAUGAGACGGGAUAUGGAUAGGCAUUGUAUAACUGCUUGUCCGAUGAAGCUUGUCAAUUGUCCCUUUUACGCAGUCGGUUGUCGCUCUGCUGUCGCACAGUGUAUGAUUGAAAAGCAUUGUUCUGAUGACUUUCAAUCUCACUUGUGGCACUUGCUUAAAGGCACCUACAAGGAAGUGUCUGGGGACGAUCUUCAACGACGAGUCGUGCAAAUUCUGCAGGCAUCACCAAGCAGCAAUUUAUCAAAGGCUCGAGAUGUUAGAUCUUUGACCUUCAUUGUCAAGAAUAUCGAAUCUACACUAGGGCCUAUGGAGAUUACUGUUGAGCAGAAAAACAGUGAAGAGAAUAUUACCAAGAAAGAUGAUAGUGAUGACACCAAUACAAAUAAUGAUGGUGAACAGAACACGCAAGCGUCAUCAGAUAAAGCCGGAAUAAGUGACAUAACUAUACGUACUGCAGAGAAUACUGGCAAGAGUGAAGAAAGGGAAAAUAUCCGCACUGAAAUUGAGGGCAGUGAAGAGAGGAUACAGACUUCAAAUAUCUCAAAGCUACCCGAUGACGCUGAAACUGUCCAUGUGAGUGAAGGCAUUACACAGAAUUACAAGGAGAACAACGAUGCUGCCGCUAGUGAAUUCAAAUCCAAUGACAAGGAAGAGAGUACACAGACGAAUAUGGAAAAAUUGGCAGAAGAAGUCAGUGCCACAAAUGAGGACUAUGUGCCGAAUAAUUACAAGGAGAACAACGAUGCUACUGACAGGGAGUUCAUGAUCAAGGGCAACGAAGAGGAUACACAGACAAAUAAGGAAAAAUUGGCUGAAGAAACCAGUGCUACAAAUGAGGACUUUGUACAUGAUAAUAAUAGUAUAAAAAAUGGACAUAUGGAAGAUAAUGAUAAUGUACCGAGCACACAAAAUUCCAACAUGGAAACAGCGGGUAGUGCAGAAAGUAAUCUCAAGAACAAAGAUAAUGUAGAGAGCAUACAUAAUUCAAAUAUGGAGGCAACAGGUAGUGCAGAAAAUAAUGUGAAGAACAAGGAUACUGAAGAUGAUAACUUAAAAUAG